GUCCAAGAUGGCAGCAUGCAGUAUUGAAGACGUGCUCGCCAAAGCGGAGAGAGAGGAGGUUGAAAAACUCAAAAGUAUUUCUGUCCACAAAGAACAGGAGCUCGAAUUUGAUCCAGGGAACUUGUUCGCUUUCGAUAAAAACCCUCCGAACAUCCGAGAGUUCAGAAAACUGAAUAAAGAUGAGUUCCUGCGCUCUCUGGCCCGGGACAACACGCAGCUGCUCAUCAACGAGCUCUGGAAACUGCCGACGGAGAGGGUCGAGGAGGUGAUUGUGGCUAAACUACCCGAGCCCACUACCCGCCUGCCGAGAGAGAAACCUGUCCCUAAACCCAGGCCUUCUACUAAGUGGGAGGAAUUCGCCAAACUAAAAGGGAUUCAGAAGAAAAAGAAAACCAACUUGGUGUGGGACGACGUGCACAAGGAGUGGAAAAGGCGAUGGGGCUACAAGCGAGCCAAUGAUGAUACCAAAGAGUGGCUGAUCGAGGUGCCGGAGACUGCCGACCCGAAUGAGGACCAGUUCAGCAAACGCAUCAAAGCCAAGAAGGAAAGGGUGGCAAAGAACGAACUGAACCGACUACGGAACAUCGCCAGGGGACAAAAGAUUAAAGUUCCCGGUGUGGGACUUGCACCUACUGAACAGCAGUCAAAAACAGAGCUGGGCAAAGCUAUUCAUGUUGCUAAACACUCCACGGCCUCCGUGGGUAAAUUUCAAGGCAACCUUCCCAAGGAGAAAACGCCCAAGAACAUGGGCAAAAAGAGAAAGUUUGAGCCGCUUAUAGGCGAUUUCUCUGCCGAGAAACAGAAGCAGCUGGAUCUGUUAAACAUUAUGGACAGCAAGAAGCCCAGAAUUGACAUCACCAAAGCAGUGAACAAGCAGAUGAGAGAAGAGGAUCGUCAGUCCGGGUUUCAGAAGAGAAAGUCGCCCGGUAAAAAGGGUCGUAAGGGUAACUUCUCUGGGAAAGGGAAGGCCAAGGGGAAGGGUAAAAAAGGAGGACCAGGGGGAGGCAGUGGCGGCGGCAACAGUAAAGGCGGACCAGGGGGAGGCAAGAAUAGAAAACCACGCAUGAAGCAAGGAAAACGAUAACGAGUAAAAAAAUCCCCGAUACCAGCCGUUUACAUGUGCCAAGGACUGUAUCACUACAUGUGAUAACUAGUUGCAUUAUUUAGCGGUUUUCCAAAAAAUAUUGUCACUUUGGACUUGUUACAGAGUGUAUGCAUACUGACGCGAGACAGUAAUAAGCUUGUCAGACAUUGUAAUAUUAUGAAA